UUUGCAUCGAUAACUCGGCUAAUGCGCAGAUCCAGGGCCUAAAAAGUUGUCGGCGCAUCUAUUUGUAACGGUUGAACUACGCGACAGCGUUAAAAGGCAGCGCGGUGAGUCUGCGAGGGACUGCUCGAUCAUGCGCCGCCUGCUCCGGGCGCUGCCGCGGCGCACGCCGCGUUGCACGCGUGCCGUCCGCCGCCUCAGCAACGAUAAAUCCCUGGAGGACCUCAUCAAAAAGAAGACGGCCGCCGCCGUCGCCGCAAAUCGGCCCCCACCACAGAGCACGGCGGAAGCGCCGAAGACGGCUAUUGUGCCGCCGGACGUGGCCCACGACCUGUGCCACGAGGUGGGCUGGGAGAGUCGCCACAGUUUUGUCGACGUGCGAGGCACUGAGGCGUUCGCGCGCGGGCGACCAAAAGGCGCCGUGAACGCGCCGUUCGUCGACGGCACGCUGGACGCGGACGUGAUCCCGGCCGAGCCGGGCCGGCUCGUCGUCGGCGGCGGUUCCCAGAAGAGCGUCGCGGCGGCGGCGGAUCUGUUAAGAGCGCGCGGCUUCGACGUCAUUGCGAUGGCCGGCGGUUUCGACGCGUGGCGGGGGUUGGGGUUGCCGGUGGACGUCGACGGCGUCGUGGACGACGAGGACGACGACGACGGGGACCCGGCGACGUGGAACUAAGGGUGUCUUGUUGUGA